AGCUGAUUGGCAUUGACGAAUUUAACCCUAUCUACUGCAAAAACCUAGCUUCACUUGCAUUUUUGCGGCAAAACGAACGAGAAGACAAUGGAUUGUGCUCUAGGAGUCGCAAUUCCGCUUCCGUCAUGCUCUAAACCCCAAAUCAUAAAUUCACGACAAAUCAGGAUCUUUACCGUCAAGUGCCACUCUGUUUCUCUCUCCAACAAUGCCUCCACGGGUUUGGCGGAAAGGCCAUGGAAGGUGGCAGAUGCCAGGCUGGUGCUGGAGGAUGGUUCGAUUUGGAGAGCGAAGUCGUUUGGUGCUUCUGGAACCCAAGUUGGUGAAGUGGUUUUCAACACAUCAUUAACCGGGUACCAAGAGAUCCUUACGGACCCUAGUUAUGCAGGCCAAUUUGUCUUGAUGACAAACCCACAUAUUGGCAACACUGGUGUCAAUUUUGAUGAUGAAGAAUCAAGACAAUGUUUUUUAGCAGGACUAGUAAUCAGAAGUUUGAGUAUCAGUACCUCAAACUGGAGAUGCACACAGACGCUUGGGGAUUAUUUGGCAGAAAGGAACAUUAUGGGAAUAUAUGAUGUUGACACCCGUGCUAUUACCCGUAGAUUGAGACAAGAUGGUAGCCUUAUUGGUGUACUAAGCACUGAUGAAUCUAAAACGGAUGAAGAACUUAUAAAAACAUCUCGAACUUGGAAUAUUGUUGGUGUGGAUUUAAUAAGUGGGGUCUCGUGUAAGGCUCCUUAUGAAUGGGUUGAUAGAACAAAUUCAGAGUGGGAUUUUAAUUUCAAUGGAAGAAAGGAAGAGACUUUUCAUGUUGUUGCAUAUGAUUUUGGUAUCAAGCAAAAUAUAUUGAGGCGCCUAGCAUCCUACGGCUGUAAAAUUACAGUCGUUCCUUCUACAUGGCCUGCCUCUGAAUCUCUAAAGAUGAAACCUGAUGGAUUUCUAUUCAGCAAUGGUCCUGGAGACCCGUCGGCUGUUCCUUAUGCUGUUGAAAUUGUCAAGGAAAUAAUUGGAAAAGUUCCUGUUUUUGGUAUUUGCAUGGGACAUCAGUUGCUUGGUCAAGCAUUGGGCGGUAAGACCUUCAAGAUGAAGUUUGGUCACCAUGGAGGAAAUCAUCCAGUCCGAAAUCUUCGAAAUGGCCGUGUUGAGAUCAGUGCCCAGAAUCACAACUAUGCUGUUGACCCUGAAUCACUUCCAGAAGGUGCAGAAGUGACUCAUAUUAAUCUCAAUGAUGGAAGCUGUGCUGGGCUUGCCUUCUCUCAGUUAAGGCUGAUGUCACUUCAGUACCAUCCCGAAGCAUCCCCGGGACCUCAUGAUUCAGAUCCUGUAUUUGGGGAAUUCAUGCAACUUAUGAAGCUAGAAAAACAGAACGCAUGAAUGUAAUUCAUAACGUCAUUCAGAAGGUUGAGUGGUGGCAAAUUAUGACUCAUUGGUUGAGAUGAUGAUCAAGAAAAAAGUUGAAUACUCUAUGAUGAACGUCAGAGACCAGUCGGGAAUGUUGUAGUUGUGACUUUCUUUAUCUUACUGUGCUAAUCUUAUUGAUUUGCUUGAUCUGGUCGGGCUAAAUAAUUGCAUGGAAAAAAGUUGGUUGAAUUUGUCGUCGGUUCUAAUUGGGUGCCAAACCCAGGUUUCAUCCUUUGUAAUAUUCUAUAGUGCUAGGAUUUAUUUAUAUACACCACUAGCCUUUUGCUUUUACAAUGGUCAAUUAUUUUAGCAUUUCCAGCA